AUGUUUCCUUCUGCGCAACGUCUCGUAGCUGAGGGCAACAGAGCUGCACUCGGUGGCCAUAGCAGCUCACGUGGAGCCACCCCUUUUGGCCCGGCGUCGCUUGGUGGAAUUUUCAAGAAAACGUUCCAGAGUGGCUUCCUGUCUAUCCUCUACAGCAUCGGCAGCAAGCUGCUGCAGAUCUGGGACAAGAAGGUACGGAAUGACCACAUCAAAAAAAUCACGGACAAUGAUAUCCAGUCACUGCUGCUGGAGAUCGAAGGAACAAAUGUCAGUACAACAUAUAUCACAUGUCCUGCUGACCCAAAGAAGAUGCUGGGAAUAAAAUUGCCCUUUCUGGUGAUGAUAAUCAAGAACCUGAAAAAAUACUUCACCUUUGAAGUACAGGUGUUAGAUGAUAAAAAUAUUCGCUGGUGGUUUCAUGCCAGCAACUACCAGAGCACAACUCGUGACAAGCCCUUCAUCUGCACCAUGCCCAUGUGCCUGGAUGAUGGCUGGAACCAGAUUCAGUUCAAUCUCUCCGAUUUUACUCGCCGAGCGUACAGCACCAACUAUAUUGAGAACCUGAGAGUGCAGAUCCAUGCAAACUGUCGCAUCUGCAGAAUUUACUUCUCAGACUGGCUGUACUCAGAGGAUGAGCUCCCUGCUGAGUUCAAGUUGUACAUCCCAGUCCAAAACAAGGCCAAGCAAUUAUGA